GCUGCACCCGACCUGUGCCGACGCGUUCUGACGCAGCUUUGGCUCCAGAUCCAGAUCCAGCUUCAGCCUCCAACCCCAAGGUAUCAACGAAUACCCUUCCUUCCUUCGCCCACAAGAAAUUAUCACCAACCAUGGCGACGGGUGUUGAUGCAAAGCUUCUCAAAUCCACCAAAUUCCCGCCGGAAUUCAAUCAGAAGGUUGACAUGCAGAAAGUCAACCUCCAGGUGAUGAAAAAGUGGAUAGCCAGCAAGAUCUCCGAUAUUCUGGGCAGCGAAGACGAUGUGGUCAUCGAGCUUUGUUUCAAUUUGAUUGAAGGGUCACGAUAUCCCGACAUCAAAUCUCUUCAGAUACAGCUCACGGGAUUUUUGGACAAGGAUACGGCACCAUUCUGCAAAGACCUGUGGAAGCUAUGCUUGAGCGCUCAAACAAGCCCGCAAGGCGUGCCCAAGGAACUGCUCGAGGCCAAGAAGCUGGAAUUGAUACAGGAAAAGAUGGAAGCCAAUCGUGCAGCAGACGAAGCCCGCCGACGCCGAGAAGACACCGAAAGACGCGAAGAAGUUCACAGAUUGAGAGACCGGGAUCGCGGCGACCGCGGUCGUGGUCGCGGUGGGGAUGCGUGGCGGGGUCGGCGAGGCGACAGAGACUACGAUCAUCGAGGUAGGCCUGGGCCACGCUUCGGCGAAAACAGAUCGCGCUCGCCGGCACCGAGACAUCGCGAUACAAGAGAUAGAGGCUCGUUCCGUGAAUCUGCACGAGACAGCUACGUUCCCAGAAACCGAGUUAGUAGCGGUCGAGGCCCUGGGCGUCGACGCACCGUCACACGCUCACCCUCUUCGGCGCCUGCAUCCGCACGGUCUGCCUCACGCAGUAGGAGCGCGGAGCGGAAGCGAGAGUCGAGUCGCGGGUCUCCCUCCCCGGCCCAUCGAAGAUCUCGGCGAGACCGUGACCCACCCAGUCCCAGGCCUGCGAGGAAUCGGUCCACGUCAUUGAAUAGGAGUGAAGGUGGCUAUCGCGACUCACGACGGAAACGAGGAUCAACGAGGAGUGCGUCAACGCCGUCACCGUCGUCUGAUAAAAGGCCAGCUACCAAGCGGCGCAGGUACUCCUCGUCUCGGAGCCGCUCCCCUGACCACAAGAGACGAUCCCGCAGUAGAUCAUCAGGCUCAGAAUCUUCCCGAAGCUCCAGAUAUCGGAGUCGAAGUCCCAGACGCCGACCUUAUUAUGGCCGUGCAGUCUCGAAUUCUCGAAGCGGCCCCCCGGGCCGCGAUGGUAGCAGCGUGCCUCACUCUCCAGGCAUCGAGAGGCGUAAGAGAAAGCCCGACGAAGAAGAGCAAGGAAAGGAUGGCAGUAGGAAGGACCGACAAGAGGAUGCUAUGAGUGGAAGCAGGAGACGCAACUCAUCGUCCGCUUCAUCGAGAUCAGCUGAUCAUUCCAAAAGAUGACCCGCGCAUCUAUCGCCGGCUCCCUACACGUUGCAUUUACCACCAGAGACAUAAUCGCACCCACACGACUGUGCUGGAGGCUGUCGGCACAGUUGGUAGGCUAUUCGACGAACAGCAAGCAAAUGAGAAGAUGAUAAGCUUUGAUACUGGCUCUUCUAGCAGCGGCUGAGGCUAACCGUCUAAGAAGUUCUGACGAGUACACAUACGCGCGAGCUCACUUUCUUUUUGAAGGGGAUAUGGGGUCAAGACGACAAAACGCCUGACUUGGUACGUUGACUGUAUUUUCUCUAGCCCCAUAGACAUACCUAUACUGCCUGUCCAAGAAGUCCCCGAAGUAUUUCGACUCGUCUCGACCUGCCAUUUUCUCUCCAAUUUGCGAAUUGCAAGAUUUUUGCCGCUCAGCACAGGUCACGGUAAACGUGAAUACUAGCAAUGGCAACGGUUGCUUGCUAUCCGUCUUUGGUAGUGUGACGGAAUUGACGGUUACCAACAUCAACGUCAUGCGUGCGGCAUGACCUUACGUCAUUCCUAAAUAGAGAUACCUAUAGCAAUAGCAAUUCAAACCCAUCAGCGGGAGGGUUUACUUAGACAGGCAGGUCAUGCAAUCACGUGGGCAUUGCCCAUUCACAAUAAAAC